CAUGCCAAAUGUCACUUGAUUCAAACGAUGUUGAUUUCGGUUCAUAUUCAAAGUGCCUUAUUCCUUCCCUUCGAUUUAUCAUUUUUAAUAAUUAUUUAAAAAUUUAAUUCGUGUUUGUUUUUAAUUCAAACAAACACCAUGUCAAAGAUUAGAAAAGUUUCUAAAUACGUCAAAUACACCGAACAAGAACUUGAUGAUUACAAAGAUGCCGCGGGUUCAUGUGUCAAGAAAAUGAGUGCAAAUUUCCAUCUGAAUUUUCUUCCUUCUGGUUUGAAGGAUUUCAAGACAGCGCUACAAAAAUUACUUUUAUAUAAAUUGAUUGGAACCUACGACGAUGUCCUCGAGGGCAUAAUUCUAGACAUACACAAUGUUAAAUUAAUCGGUUCUUCUGCAGCCAUACGCUUUGACGACCCCAAACUGCACAUAGACAUUUCUUCCGAUUGCUAUAUUUUCAAGCCAAUUACUGGAGCAAUUGUACGAGGAACAGUUCGACAUGUAUCUUCUUCUCAAAUCUGUGUUAUUAUAUAUCGUGUUUUUAGUGUAUAUAUAAAGCUUUUAAAUAAAUCUGAUGUUAAACUUGAAGUUAACUCUGAAAUCGAAUUCAAAAUAAAGGCAUUCAAUUUGGAGCAUAUGUACCCGUACAUAGAAGGAGAAUUAGUGAAUAGCAUUGAAUCAAAGAAUAAUCUAAAACGUCCUAAAAUAGAGAUCGAAGAUCCAGGAGAAAUUGAAAAUGUCGUUAAAUUGAUUGAAGACAUCAAGAAAGAUGAAUGCAGUGACUCAGCGUCAAUGUCGCCAUCGAAACCAAAAAAAAGAAAAAAAGGAGUAACAUUUAAAACAGAAGAAUAAAAUAUACAAUUUUUAAAAA